AUGAGGGGCACUUUGAACUCAAACCUUCUCGCCAUUGCGACAUUCUUUUGUCAUGCGGCGGCUGGGCUCAGAACAGGAGAGAACAGCACUCAUCUCAUGCUUUCAAAUGAUCGUCUUUCUGUGGUCCUCGCCAAAUCUAAUGGCCAUAUCAUUGAUGUUACCCUCGAUGGCCAAGAUCUUCUUGGACCUUUAAGCGGCAACAGCGGAAAAGGGCCCUAUCUCGACUGCUCGUGCACCCCUUCAGGAUUUUGGACGCCAGGGGGAACAGCCCAGUUGCAGCUUGUUAAUGGUACCGACUUGACUGGCACCCCAUACGGCGGUAUAAUCAUGUCCGACACAUUUGUACAGACCAAUCAGACACUGUCGCAAUACUUUUUCCUUCGUGGUGAGGAGACUGGACUACAUGCCUUCUCUCGUCUUACGUAUUUUAAUGCUACUCGACCUUAUCUCCGUUCGCUGGGCGAGUUGCGUACACUUUUCAGACCCAAUACGCCACUCUGGACCCACUUCUCUACAAGUGAAGGCAAUUUUGGUCCCUUGCCAGCGUCCAGCACUUUCUCAAAGGCAGUGACGGUACAAGAUGCCACCUCGUAUGUAGGAGGUGUCACGGACGAUCCUUACACAGAACAAUAUUCGGAUUAUUUUACGAAAUAUACCUUGGCUGAAUCAUGGCGCAAUCAUGAUGUCCAUGGACAUUUUAGUGAUGGCUCAACAAGCGCCGAUGGGAGUACCUUUGGCGCAUGGCUUGUUCACAACACACGAGAGACUUAUUACGGUGGUCCAAUUCAUUCUGAUUUGGUAGUUGAUGGCAUUGUUUACAACUACAUGGUGUCGGGUCAUUAUGGUGCACCACACCCAAAUAUCACUCACGGUUUUGAUCGCACGUGGGGUCCGCAGUUCUAUUAUUUCAACAAAGGGGCACCGAGCACAUCAAUUGGCGAGCUGAGGGCUGACGCAGCUCAGUUUGCUGAUCCCGAAUGGAACAUAGAUUUCUACGACAGUAUUGCUCCUUACAUUCCAAAUUUCGUUCCUUCGACGCGGCGUAGUACAUUCGAGGGCCGAAUUGAGCUUCCAAAGGGGGCCCAUCAACCAAUCAUUGUUCUGUCAGAGAACAAUCAAGACUUCCAACUGAACGCUUUCGAUACUAAGUCUCUUCAAUAUUGGGCUGAGGUUGACGGGUGCGGAAAGUUCAGAAUUCCUCGCGUCGUGGAGGGGAAAUACAGGGUUACUAUCUAUGCUGAUGGCAUUUUCGGAUGGUUCAUUCAAGAUGAUGUCGAGAUAACUCAAGCCUUGACCAACCAGGACAAGUGGAUAUUCAAAUGGCUCGAAGAAAGUGCUGGUGAAGAGGUAUGGCGUAUAGGAAUUCCUGAUAAGUCAGCCGGCGAGUAUCUUCAUGGAUACGCCCCAGAUACCUCGAAGCCUUUACAGCCGGAACAAUAUCGUAUUUACUGGGGAAAAUAUGACUUCGAAAAAGAUUUCCCUGAGGGUGUACGUUUCGAUGUGGGCAAAAGCAAGGAAGCUGAAGAUCUUAACUAUAUUCACUGGUCUUUUUUCCCAGCAAAAGGUAACCAUUUACGACAAGAAAAUUAUUACGAAAAUGUAAACAACUGGACUAUUACCUUUGACCUUCAAAAAGACCAAUUAAGCCGAGCCAAAACAGCUACAUUUACGGUCCAAAUCGCUGGUACGAAAACUGCCAAUGGUAACACUAAAUGGACGGAAAUUCAACCCUUUGGGAACUUACCUUGGACGGUUAAUUUCAAUGGGCUAUACGAAUCAACAUGGGUUAUCCCUUACUGGCGGAGUGGAUCUUGCGGAGUGAGAAGCGGCAUUUCGUGCCAGAAUAUUGAGAACAAAUUCAUUUUCUCGUCGGCAGCGCUGAGGGAGGGACAAAACGAACUAACUUUGAGCUUGCCAUUCAACGCCAGUAGUGUGGAAACUGCGCUUUUGCCUGACGCGCUCUAUGUUCAGUAUGAUGCUUUGAGGCUGGAAUUAGCAUAA